UUUUAUUCCUCCAUCGUUGUGGAACUGCUGCUCAGUCCUAGACCUGUAAACAAGGCCCGACGGAUACACCUCCGUCGUAUCAGUCCGUGCUGCAGUACGUAUCUAAACUUGAUCUGGCAUUAUAUUCUGUGCAUGUAGAGCAACAGGCUUGAAGUUGAACUUUGGUUUUGUGAGUUUGUCAUCCGAUGUUACCGUGCAUGCAUUGAUAGUUCUUCAGCUGGUUUCGGUACUCAACAUGGCAGGUGUCUUUUUGGAUGAAACACUGCAUCACCUGGGCAAGUAUGGCCGGUAUCAGGUUACAUGUGCCUUGCUUAUUAUGACCAUUGGUAACUGGUUCCCUGCAUGGCAUUUAAUGGGAAUUAUCUUCACGGCAGACAGUCCAGACGAUUACAGGUGCGCAACAGAUCUUGAGGGGCCUGGCGAAAAUGUAAAUAGCUCAAUCAGUAAGAAUGGUGCCUGGGGGUCUACUGAACUACCUUAUAAGCCGUGGUCUGGCAGUCAGGUGCAUACACCGAGAAAUGCUUCAGAUGACAAAUGCUUUGUGUACGGCACAGAUGAACCAUGCACAGAUUGGCAGUAUCGAACACAGUAUGGUGAAACGACUCUGGUCACAGACUUGGACCUCGUGUGUGACCGUAGUCUCUUGUCUGAGACUGCUCAAUCUGUCUACCUGGUAGGCAUGCUGGUUGGCUCUGUACUUCUCGGUUUUCUAUCAGAUACAUUCGGGCGGAAGAUAGUUUUGUUGCUUGCCUGUGUUGCCCAUGGAGUUUGGGGCGUAAUAGCUGUGUUUGUCUGGAAUUAUCCCGCAUUUGUCACAUUGUGGUUUCUUAUUGGCUUAUUCUCCCAGGGCUACAAUCAGGUGCAGUUUGUGAUCAUCAUGGAGAUGUUUCCCCCUGAGUGUCGCACUCUCAUGGGGAGUCUCAAUAACAUGUUCUGGGGUCUAGGGGUUAUCACACUGACGCCUAUUGCUUACCUAUUGAAGAACUGGCGUCACAUGCAAUUGGCGAUAUCGAUACCAUGCUUUAUGGCUAUCCCACUCUGGUUUGUCCUGGAUGAUUCUGUAAGGUGGUUAGUAGCAAAGGGACGUCUUGAUGAAGCCUUUCAGAUACUGAACAAGAUGGCAAGGUGGAAUAGAACAGCGCCCCCUCCUGGCGGAUUUGUGUUAAGCCAAGAGGCUGAUGAGCAAGUUGUUCUUGACAAAGAAAAGAACGGUGAGACUUCAGAGAUGACUUCCCAACGUGAUGAGGCAGAGGAGAAGAAACUGUGUACUUACCUUGACAUCCUUAAGAGCUGGAAACUGUUACUAAAUACUGCCAUCAUCUAUUUCUGUUGGUUUGUGAGUAUGAUGACAUAUUAUGGAGCCUCAUUAAAUAGCGCCCACCUUGCUGGUAAUAAGUAUGCUAACUUCUUCUUCCUAGGAUUGGCUGAGAUUCCAGCAUUCUUUAUCAUUCACUUUACCAUGACUUGGUGGGGUCGGCGCCCUUCUAUGGGGUUAUUUUUCCUCCUUUCUGGAUUGGCAAGCAUCACCACUGCAUUUCUGCCAAAACAAACAGAAGAUGGAGCUGAUUUGACUGCUGCCAUUGUUGUCAUGGCGAUCCUUGCAAAACUCUGCAUUACGUGUGCCUUCUCCAUCAAUUUAAUAUUUUGCUCUGAAGUCUUCCCAACGCCAGUCAGGAAUAUUGGGUUUGGAAUUGGAGCAGUUGUUGCCAACCUAGGCACAGUCAUCGCUCCCUUCGUGCUUUAUUUGGGUGACUUUGCCUCCUUUAUCCCCCUGACGAUCUUUGGAGGUAUGAGCAUCACUGCGUCCCUUCUUGUUCCAAUCUUACCUGAGACAAAGGACAAGCCCCUCCCUGAAACAAUCAAAGAUGCCAAAAAUCUGGGUAGAGGAAGGCAUCUAAGGAGGACCCAUGUGCCAGAUCAAGGGGACAAGAAGGGUGACUAUAGGCAGACAGACUUCUCUGAGGAAGAGGAAGCAGUGAAGUCAGCAACACAGAGUUUGAGGGUAAAUAUGGCAGCAUCCCGUCUAGAUGAUGUUCUCCAGUACAUCGGCAAGUAUGGCAGGUAUCAGAUGAUAAUGAGUGUUGUCAUCACUAUCCUCGGUACAUGGCUUCCUGCUUGGCAUAUGAUGGGAUUGAUAUUUCUGGCAGACCGACCUCAGUCUCGCCACUGCCUGCGCUGGAGCACUAACCUCGGAGCGCUGAUUGCCGGGAGGAAUGGAAAAUCUGCCGGCGAUGUUGAUUACUCAGAUUGGAUGAAACAAAAUAAUCAUUCACUGGAACGAUCAAACGUUACGGACUUCGGGGGUGAUGAUAAGCCAUCCAACAUUUCUGAUUUCGAAUGUACGACGGAUGCUGAUGCAUUUGCUGCCGUGAGCAAGUCAUGCAUGGAGUGGGAAUAUCAUACAUUGUACAAUGAAUCCACCAUUGUCACCGAUUUUGAUCUUGUCUGUAACCGGAAAAUAUUGGCUGAGACUGCGCAAUCCAUUUUCCUCGUCGGCAUGCUUGUGGGUUCGGUAGUUUUCGGCUAUAUUUCGGACGUCUUCGGCAGGAAGAUUGUUCUCUUAGGCGCUUGCCUAGCUAAUGGUGUGUUUGGAAUUGUGGUAUCUUUCGUCUGGACCUAUCCAGGUGUUGUUAUAUUGUGGUUUCUGGUCGGUCUCUUUUCACAGGGCUACAACCAAGUUCAGUUCGUCAUGAUAAUGGAGAUGUUUCCGGCGCCUUGUCGAACCUUAGCAGGAAGCCUCAACGCUUUGUUCUGGGGUUUAGGUUCAGCAGCACUGGCACCUAUCGCGUAUGCCUUACGCCAAUGGCGACAUCUACAGUUGGCCAUUUCUGUACCAUGCCUGCUGGCGGCGCCGUUGUGGUUAAUAUUGGAUGAAUCUGUGCGUUGGCUACUUUCCAACGACCGACUUGGUGAUGCGCAAAGGACUGUUGAAAAGAUGGCACGUUGGAAUGGUGUAGCGCCCCCUUUUGGUGGCUUCGUUUUAAUUAAUGACAUCGAAGAAGUAUCGCCGCUUGGCGAGGGUAACAGCGACAAGAUUGAUCAAAUGAUACCACAGCUGAGUCAAAAGAAAUGCACAAUAUGCGAUGUCUUUAAAAACCGAAGGGUCAUGUUAAAUGUCUGCAUUGUCUUUUUCUUCUGGUUCGUUAGUUUACUGACUUACUACGGAGGUUCACUAAACAGCUCACAUAUUGCUGGAAACAAAUAUGCAAAUUUCCUGUUCCUUGCUUUAUCAGAAAUUCCAGGCUAUAUCAUCAUUCACUUCACCAUGAAUAGGUGGGGUCGCCGCAAAUCUUUGGGACUCUUUUUUCUUCUUUCUGGAGUAGCUAGUAUAACAACGGCAUGUCUGCCAAAUCGGACAGUUGAUGGCACUGAUUUAAGUACAGUUAUCAUCGUGGCAGCCAUGUUGGUUAAACUCUUCAUUGUCUGUGCAUAUUCCAUCAAUAUAAUUUGCUGCACGGAGAUUUUGCCCACAUCUGUCAGGAAUAUUGGGUUUGGGGUAGGAGCUGUCUGUGGAAGUGUCGGUUUGACAGUAGCACCAUUCAUCAUUUACUUGGAUGAGUUUGUAUCUUUCCUUCCACUCAGUAUUUUUGGAGUCCUGUGUGUUAUUUCAGCCAUGUUGGUCCCCAUUCUUCCUGAAACGAGAAACAAGCCUCUUCCAGAGUCGAUAGAAGAUGCAGAAAAUAUCGGCAAGAAACUGCCGAAAACAACUGAUAUACAUGGAGAAUAUGUUCUAACUGAAACUGUGAAUGGUCCCAUCGAAGACGAUGCAAUGUAAUAUUUACCGUUUUCAAUAAAAGUGAAACAACUACUGAAAUUGCUGAGCCUAAUGGCUAAUAGUGGGGAAGUUUUGAUUCUGUCCAAGAAAAUUAAGUGGACGUAAAAUCAAAAUGACAGUAGGUUUCAGAAAGCUUUUGUUUCAGUUUAAUUUCAGUCUAUUAUCACGUAAUACGUGAUAUUAGAUAUAAAUAAACAGGGAAGAAACUUUGAAGCACAUGCUACUAUGUAUAUUUAUGCUUAUUAGUUGAUGGGAACUAUAAGACUAUAACAAUUCCUCAGGAAACAUACAUUUUCUAAAAUAAUAGAAUAAAGAUCCUUUCAUUUGGUAUUUCAUUGAUAGAAAUGUCAUUGAUGGGCGUUUAUAUAUUUACCUUAAAUUCCCCCCUCCCCUGCAAAACAUUCGGAAGGGUUUGCAAUGCAAUGGUUAGUCUUGUAGUAAGGAUAUCUUUUCAGUGGGUCCCUCCUAUGAAAAAAAGGUUGCCUGGGGUUUGCCUCACAAUUUGGAAAUUGUUUCAAACAUGAAAAUUUAUUGGUAAAAAUUUCCCCCGUAAUGGAUAACCUUACAUUAUUUAGGCCCCUUUUGAGUUAAAGCUAUGUAGCUUAAAAAAAAAAACCAAAAAAAUUUCCGACAGAAUGGUAAGGAAUGAAUUAUCCUAUAUUUGAUAAAAUACAGGAUUUAAGACAAGAAAUAAAUGGAUGAUUCUUUUGGAUAAAAUUGACACGUCACUCCAAAAUAUAAAACAUUCAAAUAAUGAUUCAAUAAUGUCUUUUAUAACACGUGUUGUAUAAACAUUCCUUAUACAAGGAAAAAUUGUGACGAUUAUUAAUUUUUCGAGGGUAGCGUUUGACAUUUCCGAUUUCCAUUUUCAUUCAUUACUGAAUUGUUAUAUUUGUGUGGAGAAAUUUUUUUAAAUACUGCCAUUUAAAUUCGCUCUCACUCUGCAUAAAUUACAAACUUUUUUUUCUUCACUUAUAGUUCCAUGGAAAGCUUAGUGACAGGAAUAGCAGCAAUAUUUGCAUUUCACUUACCCCGUAUAAAACUUGAUCGCACUUUUGAUAUAUAAACACCGACCAAACUCAGUUACUGUAAUGAAUGCAUACAUGAACACAACUAGUAGGCCUAUAUACGAUUAUACUCCUGACAACUUAUAGGAUGAGUAAACACAUCCAAACAUGACAGUACAUGUAAUGCUAUUUUACGUAUUUCUGCGUGCGUAAAAUGUUUUAAAAAUCUUAUAUACACUUAAAAGCAAAGAAUACAGGGGGUGAAAUUGAACCGAUUGUGACACGUUA